GGUUUGGUCAGGUAUAAAAGAAAGGGUUAAACCAGGUAGGAAUCAGUUCAGGAGCAGCAACCAGCAGCACAGUGAGCAAACAUGUCCACCAGCAUGAACAUGGGCAGGGUCGUCUUCUACGAGGACAGGAACUUCCAGGGUCGUUCCUAUGAGUGCAGCAGCGACUGCGCUGACAUGUCCUCCUACCUGAGCAGGUGCCACUCCUGUAGGGUUCAGAGCGGCUGCUUCAUGGUCUACGACCGCAACAACUACAUGGGAAACCAGUACUUCAUGAGGAGGGGAGAGUACUCUGACUUCCAGAGUAUGAUGGGAAUGACUGAUAUCAGGUCCUGCCGCACGAUCCCCAUGCACAGAGGAUCCUACAGAAUGAGGAUCUACGAGAGAGAUAACUUCGGAGGUCAGAUGCACGAGAUGAUGGACGACUGUGACUCCAUCAUGGACCGUUACCGCAUGUCCGACUGCCAGUCCUGCAACGUGAUGGAUGGCCACUGGCUGAUGUACGAGCAGCCCCACUUCAGAGGCAGGAUGAUGUACAUGAGGCCUGGAGAGUACAGGAACUUCAGGGAUAUGAGCAUGAGUGGCAUGAGGUUCAUGAGCAUGAGGCGUAUCACUGAUAUGUGCUAGAUAUGUUAUGUUGACCAAAUAAAAGUGAUUGGUAAUCCAUAA